AUGCGAAUCGCCGACCCAUCGGGAUCGAUAAUUUUCACCAUAAUGAAUGCCGAAGUACAAGAUUUGUUUGAGCCGGGUGAUAUUAUCAAAAUCAAGAAUGGUUUCACCAAUGUUCACAGGGGAAUGUUGAAUUUAUCUUGCGGUCGCCAGGGUGAGUUUAUGAAAUCGGGAGAUUUCAUGUUGUUGUAUUCUGAGACACCAAACAUGAGCGAGUUCAACAGCGAAUACGCAGCCAUGGAAAGAGCACGCAAGCCAUCCCCACCACCCGAAGGCGAGACGCAACCUUCAUCCAGUGGUCCUGGUGACCAGCGACGCCCUCAAGGUGUUCGACCUGGUGUGCCUUCACAUAAAAGACCGGUGCCUCCUCAUCCUGGAGGUGGCCCUCCUCCAAAGCGACCAGAUCAAAGUGGUACCGGUCAUUUCAGGGGAAGGCCGUAG